CUGGGCGGAGCCAAUCAGAAGCCGCCGGGGGAAGGACUGGGGCUGGCCGGGCCUGAUUCCCAGCUGCCCUUGCGCGGGGAGAAAGCCCAGACCGGUAACUGCCGGCGGUUUGGCAGUGACUCUAGAGACCCGGCAGUCGGUAGUGGUAGCGACCUGUGGGCGGAGCUAAGCGGAGCCUUCCGCGGGGAGAAAGGCCGGACCGUAGCGGCGGGUUCCGGGCCAUGUCGGUGGUUUUCGUGCCGGAGCGGCUGCGCGGGAAAGCGGAGGUGAAUCCAGAGACCCUGCAGCGGUUACUAGAGGAAAACGAUCAGCUGAUUCGCUGCAUUGUAGAAUAUCAAAAUAAAGGAAGAGCUACAGAAUGUGUGCAGUACCAGCAUAUCUUGCACAGAAAUCUUAUUUAUUUGGCUACUAUUGCUGAUGCAACUCCAGCCAGUGUACAGAAGACUGAGUGAUCCCACAAACUUGGACACCCAUCAAUGGUGCCUAUAUAAAGCAUGGAGACAUGAUUGAAUUGGGGGAGCUCUGAGGGAUACAACAUUCCUUCAUUUUGUCUGAUUGGCUAAGAGCAAGCUUUGAUAGGGAUCAGCUGGGACUCCGGGGGCCAAGACUGAUGGGCAUUAGGGAGUAGAUUCUUAUAGGAAUAGAGUUGCUGUGGCCUUGCAACUGAGUAGUGAUGAGCUGAUAAAUAUGUGUAAGAUCCUUGUACCAGUCUUCCCCUUCUGUGGUGUGUGGGUGUUUAUUUUUUUUGUUUGUUUGUUUGUUUUUGGAGAAAAUUACACCUUUAUUCAAAAGUGCUACUGCCUAAGUCUUUCACGCUUUCUUGAGUGGUAAGUGACAAUGGGGAGUAGGAAAUCAAGCAACCUGAAUUUCUUUAUGUAUUCUUUUGGAAAAUGAGUGUAUCAGAGGGCAGGUUGAGCUUUGGAGAAAGGCUCAAGUUUUAACCCACUUACCCAGGAGAAAUAGGGAGAUAACUGGAGGUAGUCUGGGACUUGCUGCCUUCAUUAUUGUAUUGCAGUAAGAGCCAGAAACUCCAAGCAAAGUUAGGGCCUCAUUAUGCUGCCUGCUGUGUAAAGCUAUAUGCCCUGAAGAGCUUACAGUCUUUGUCUACUCCAGUACCAUUUAUUGGACCAUGAGGUUAAGCAGGAUUAUUACUACUCCCCUGACUAGGCUCAGAGUAGGGACAGGCUUCUCCAGUUUUCAAUUCCCCACAUCAUCUAAAGUUACCCCAGAGAAUGAUAUAGGCAGCAUGGCUGUUUGGUCUGGGAGGACUGUAGCUUAAGUCUCCCUUAGUGUCCUAUCCCUCUUCCACUCACUUGUCACAGGUUUAUAGGGCAUACUGUAGUUCUUGAGAAUGCGUCUAGUUGCAAUACUCACUUUAGAGAAUUGUUGUCAGGGGCCUGAAAGACAAGCAAACUGUUUAAGUUUGCCAUUCCUCCCUCCUCCUGGUUAAACCAAGUGUGUCUACAACUCAUUUCCUAUUUGUCUAAAUUUGUGAAUUUACAGAUUGCACAGUAAAACUGGUAUAAUUGUACUUGACUUGCUUUGCCAAUAGAUGGUCACUGCAGAAAUCAGACAUUUAUUCCUCCCCAGUGCAUCCCCUCUUUCCCUUGGAGAAUGUCUUCAUGGGCCAGGGGUCCUGGAACGGGAUUCAGACUUGGAUUUCAGUUGACUCUACUUAACAGUUUAAUCUACAAGACUAAGCAUAAUGCUGUUUGCUACAUCAUAGGUUAAGUAUGCACCUGUUUCAAUAAUUUUAUUUAUGAUUUUAAAUUAAAAUAUUUUCACUAUUGUAAAAAUCUUAUUUUUGCAAGACUCCAAGAUGGCAAAAAUGCAGGGUCAGGAAUUUGUCAGAUGCAAUUCAGGGCCUGAUCUGGCUGCACAUCUGAUUACAAUAUGAUACUAUGCAGAGUGAACUAAAGCUCUUCCCAGUAAGCAUAAGCACUUUUGGAAUUAGUAUGAAACACUACUUAUGCAAUGAGUGAGUUAGAGUAAACCUACUUUACUACUUAUAGACAAUGUAAAUGGGAUUUCAAAGUAUGGAACUGGCUGGAGUAGUUGGUUCCCUCCCAAACAUGAAAGUUUAAUCAAAUAUUCUGAGCUUAGGCUUCUAAUUUUCUAACAAAAGGAACAGCUGACUUUUGUCUUAAACAGAUUAAUUAAGGAAAUAAGUAAUUUACACUUUUCAGAAAUAGUAUUUAUGGAGAACACUAAUCAAAUGAGUUUUAUAUCUGCAUUUAAAUAUUUUAUAAGGGAAUACUCAUUGUUUCAGUAAUGUCACAUUAAAGUAUUACUUUAACUUGCUUGAAAAUGUGUUAGAUAUUUUAUAAUAAAAUCUGGUAACAAGCA